AAACCAAAUUCAAUACAACAACAUUUUCAUCAAAGGUUUGAAGAAAUCCUCUAAUUCACAAUUCCAUCUAAGAUAACAGUCACAUAAAUCAAAACAAUGGCUUAUUGGUCAGCAGAAAAUGCAACUAAGGCCUAUCUCAACACUUUGAAAAUGGGUCAAAAGGCAAAAGAACCAGCUGUAGCUGAGUUUAUUUCAGCACUAGCUGCUGGAAAUAAUGCACAAUUAAUGGUUGUAGCUUGUGCUGGUAAAGCAGAUUCAACAACACUUGCAUUAGUUGCUGCUGCAAAUCAAACUAAUGGUAGUGUAAUAUGCAUUGUUCCUAAUCAUGAAGAUCUUAUUGCAUCCAAAAAUUUCCUAGGAGAAGCUUCUAAUCAAGUUCAAUUCAUGAUUGCUAAAGAAGCACAAGAAUUAAUGGUAUUAAAUCAAGCUGAUUUUGUGUUACUUGAUUGUAACCUUGUGAAUCAUGAAGAGAUUGUGAAAUUAGUACAAAUUGGUGGUUGUAAGCAAAAGGGUAUAGUUCUUGUUGGUUAUAAUGCAUUUAGUUGUAAAGGGUCAUGGAGAUCAUGUGGAUCAAAAACACAAUUGCUUCCUAUUGGAGAAGGGUUGUUGGUGACAAGAUUUGGAGAAAAUAAUGCUAUUAGUCCUAAAUUUGGAUCUGGAAUGAGUAAGAGUUCUCGAAGUCGGUGGAUUGUGAAGGUCGAUAAAUGUACCGGUGAAGAACAUGUUUAUAGAGUUAGGCUUUCACAAGGGGAAGUAAUUUAAGCUUCAACCGUUAGCCCAAAGAUUAAAAAAUUUCUGAAACUGCAUGAUCUAGUUCGUUGUUGGAUAAAAAACAAACGACCUAGAUCGGGAAUUUGAUAAAUCAGAUUGAAAAUGCAAGUUUUGACCAUAAGCUAUUAAUUAUGAUUUAACAGUUCAGAUCACUGGCGAUGUGAUUAAUUAAUUGCAAAGAAUUCAAAUCUUGCAGCUAGUUCUCCUUUAUUUAUUAGAGAAUAUUUAUCAAUUUUUCCUUCUAUUAUAGAUUUAUAGGCAACUAGGAGUUAGUCCUAUUUCAAAUGUACAAAGCAAACUAUAGAUGCAUUACAAAAUUUGGUAAGAAUUUUUUUGCUGAUGUUCUAAAUUGAAAGAGAUCAAAUGCAAUCAUUAUAAACUAUUGCUCACUC